AUGAGUAGCCUAUGCACAAGUAGAAGUAGUAGCAGUAGCACAGGUAGAAGAAAUAACAGAAGCAGAAGUAAACCCACUUUCAACGCUACCAUCAAAAAAAAAAUGAAAAGAUCUACAGAAAUUUUAAAAAAGAAAAAAGGGUCAACGAACAAAUCGUUCAAGAUCAACAACCAUUCGACAUACUGUGAGGGUAGUAGAAUCUCAAAUAAGAAGGUGCAGAGGGAAGAAAAGGAUUUAAAAUGUAAGAGAUCAAAAUUAGGAGAAAAAGGAUUAAAUAAAAGUAAAAAAAAAAGUAAAGAUAAUUGUAAUCCGUUAAAAACUGUCCAUGGUGAUAAUUUUAAGUUUUCUAGGAAAGGAUUUAUUUUAAGUUUCACAGGGAAUUUGGAAGACUUUUAUAACUUAUCAGAAGAGCCUCUAGGGCGAGGUACAUAUGGAUGUGUAUACAAAGCCACGGACAAAUUAUUAAAAAUACAAAGAGCUGUUAAGGUUGUUUCCAAGAAAAAGUUAAAAAAUAUCCCCCGAUUUAGACAAGAAAUAGAUAUAAUGAAAAAUUUAGAUCAUCCUAAUGUUGUAAAGUUGUUAGAAACAUUUGAAGACAACAAGCAAAUAUAUUUAGUGAUGGAGUUAUGCACAGGUGGUGAACUUUUUGAAAAAAUUGUAAAAAAAGGAUCCUUCUCCGAAUUGUACACUUCCUUUAUAAUGAAACAGACAUUUUCCGUACUUAAUUAUUUGCACAUUCGAAAUAUUUGUCACAGAGAUAUAAAACCAGAAAACUUUUUAUUUUAUGACAAAUCUCCAGAAUCGUUAAUUAAAAUGAUAGAUUUUGGUUUAGCUUCCUACUUCAGUGAUGUUAAUUCGGGUAUGAAAACAAAAGCUGGGACUCCGUACUAUGUUGCACCUCAGGUGUUAAGUGGGUCCUAUGACUACAAGUGCGACUUGUGGUCGGCUGGCGUUUUGUUUUAUAUUCUUCUCUGCGGAUAUCCUCCGUUUUAUGGAGAAAGCGAUCACGAAAUACUUAGCAUGGUUAAAAGUGGGAAAUUCAAUUUCAAGGGAAAGGAGUGGAACCAUGUCACGGAAGAAGCGAAGGACCUCAUCAAGCAAUGUCUGACCAUGGAUCCCCACAAAAGAAUAAGUGCAAGUGAAGCAUUAAAGCACCCUUGGUUCAAGAAAAAACGAAACACUUUCAAUAUGAAUUUUAAAAUGGACAUACAUGUGUUAGAAAAUUUCAAAAACUAUGCCCUUUUGCUAAAGUUUCAGAAGCUAGCCAUGACAAUUAUAGCACAACAGAGCAAUGAUUGCGAUUUGCAGCAACUUAAGGCAGCAUUUUUGCAUCUUGAUGAAGAGGGGAAAGGAAAUAUAACGAAGCACCAAUUAAGAAAAGGCUUAGAAAGUAGUGGCUUAAAGUUACCUCACAAUUUUGAUUUUCUUCUAGACCAGAUUGACAGUGAUGGAAGUGGAAACAUUGAUUACACAGAAUUCUUGGCUGCAGCAAUUGAUAGGCGGCAACUUUCCAAGAGGUUACUUUACUGUGCCUUUCGAGUCUUUGACGUAGACAACGAUGGAGAAAUUACUACCGCUGAGUUGGCACACAUUCUCUACAAUGGAAACAAAAGAGGAAACAUAACAGAAAAAGACGUGAACCAAGUUAAAAAAAUGAUCAAAGAAGUUGACAAAAAUCAAGACGGGAAGAUCGAUUUUUACGAGUUUUCCGAAAUGAUGAAACUUACUUUCUAG